GGAUAUUUGGCUUCCUAUAAAGUUUUUAAUACAUAUUGGAAAGAAAUUUACAAUGUUCUGGUGAUAUGAUCAAGAAUUUAAUGAAAUUAAAUCCACUAGAGUACAAAUGGUCUGACAUUGCAAGUUGUGUUUGGAGUAGAAUGUUGAAGCUAAUAAACAUGCAUUUUUUAAACUCUGAAAAAAUUUCAGAAGUGCAAGAGGAGUUGCUGCGGAUUCUAAGUUUGCUUGUUGUGAUGUCCCAAGGCAACAAUCAGUUGGCAUCUGUUUGUCUUCAAUCUCUUUUAACAAAAACUGCUGAAGAAUUUUCUCAGAAAUUGAACUUCAAAGAAAAUAAAUAUGAAUUCAAAUUCAUAGAUUUAAUUACCCUGCCAUGUAUGGUGUCAUGUCUUGGAAAUGAUUCAUUAGUUCCAGUCUAUAAGAAUUUGUUAUUAAAUUUUCUGAGUGAUGUGUCAUCAAUGAAGUUUGCUUGCAGUAAAAUUUUAAAUUUGAUUAAAAAUAUGACUGCUGAAAACUCUGUUCCGAAUAUUACAUAUGAUCUGUUUUGUGAGACAGUGGUUGACAAAAUCUCUGCGGCUGGUAAUUUUUUUACCAAUAAUAUUGAGGAUAUAGCACAUAUUUUAACACAGUUUAUUGUGUUUCCAUUUGAACAUAAAAACUAUUUGAAAAUGAAAGAUAACACAAUAGAAAAUUUAAAUAUGUUGCAUGCAAAAUGCUGCUCAGAAAAGGUAGACAAAGUUGUCGCAGCAAAAAUCAAUGCUGAAAUUGCCGUAAAGUUAUAUUCAACAAAUGUAAAAUCACCUUUAGACACAUGUGAAAAAAGGCACAGGAAGAAUUUAUUUGUUCUUUGCAAUAAUGUAAUUUUAAACAUUUUUGCUACAGUGUUGGAAAGGAUAGAAUAUGAUGCUGAAAGUAUUUCCAUAUUUUUGAAAUUGUGUAGUCAGAUGAUCAUUUUCAUGAAGAAAUCAAGCAAUUCUGUUUUUGGAGAAUUUCAAUUUGGAAGUGAAGAUUUUGAAAAAUCCCUAAUCACCAUAGAAAGAUUAUGCUCGAUUUUGAAAAGCUUGAAUGUCAUUACGAUAGUAAAAUGUUUACAAGAGUUUGUUGCUGUAUUUGACAAUAUUUUAGAAAUUCGAGAAAUUUCUGAGCUUAGUAAAUUCAAUGUAUCUGUCACAAAUACAGUUGAUGAUUUAUGCAAAUAUUAUAUAAAUAACUAUCAAAUAAAACUAAAUGAAAAUAAAAGUUUUGAUAAAGUAUUGAAGUCUUUUAUACCAAUUUUCAAGAAAUUUGCAAUUGAUGAUAAAAAUAUAAAAGAAAUAAGUGCAUUAAUUCAAAGUGGUGAUACACCUUCUACAACUCCUAUUCGCACGCCAACAAUUUUUGGAAAAAGCCCUGGUUUGAUAAAUUCAAGACAUUCUCCUAAUUGUGGUACUCCUAAAUCAAAGAAAUGUCUUGAAGAUGAUUUUAUAGUUGUUCCAAAAACACCAGUCCGAAAACCUCAAUAUACUGAGAAGCAAAAGGAAAAAAUGAAAGAGCGCAGUGCUGAUAUUCCUUCUUUGUAUAAUGAGCUAUCACAGCAAUCACAGGAUUGCUCCUCCAUUACGACUAAUAAUACUAUUUUCACACAAAGCUGUCCUGAACCUGAAAAUGUGUCUAUAUUAGAAUUAUCUACUAGUGAGUUUGAGAAAAGUGAACUUGAUAAAAAUACUAGUAAAACUGGUAGUUUUUUCAACAAUGAAUUUUCUGAUCUAGAAAGUGGAAUAGAACAUUUUGAUAAAUGUCAUGAAUCUGUAAUAUCUAAUAAUAGUGUAGUAAAUAUAUUUAUUAAUAAAAGUAAAUUGGACGACAUAACUAACAAACCUACGCCUGAUGAUCAUAUUUCAUUAAACUGCAAGAUUGGAAACAUGAAUGGUGGAGUUGUUGUGAAUGUGUGUGAUAUUGAUCUCAAGAAAAAUGUUGAAAAAUCACCUGAUUUAAUAUCUGAAUUGAAUGAUUCGGAUAAGGAAAAGAAAAGUAGUUUAGGUAAACAUUCAAAUUUCAAUGGUAAAAAUAACAAAAAAAGAAGUAGAGAUGUUUUUGAUACAAGUGAUUCGGAUUCUAACAAGUCGAAUCAUGAUAGUAAGAAGUAUCAUAUUGAUUCAGAGAAGAAUUCUGAAGCAAAAAAUGGUUUUAAUAAAAAAUCUCCGUCAACUGAUAAGUCUAGUUUAAAAAAUAAUAGCUUGAUCACCACAGGAAAUACUGAAGAAAAGAAGAAUGCAAAGAAGAAACUGAAAAACAAACCUCAUAAUGAUUUGAAGAAAAAUUCUGAAAAACAAGCAACUAUUGAUAGAAAAAAGACAACUAAUUCAGAAAUUAACACAGAAGUUUCAAAAAUUGACAUAUCUCCAAAUAGUAACAAAAAAACACAGAUCAAAGAAGGUGAAGAAUCUAAUAGUAAGAAACAUUCUUUGCAAAAAGACAAUAACUGUUCAAGCAAGAAUAAUAAAAAAGAAACAAAUUCUAGUGGUGAGCAACAUCUUAAGAAAUCUAGCGAGAAUAAUUCAGAUGAAAAGAAAAAGUCAAGAAAGCAUAAAAUAAGUGAGUCUGAAUCAUCAGAAGCAGAUUCAGUCAAUACAGGCUCGAGACGAUUGCAAUUUGAAUUAAAACGAAUAUCAAUGGACAUAAAAAAUAAUGAAAAUUUUGUUAAUUUAGGUAACAGAAGAUCAAAAACUACACCUCAAAAAUUACCUUUACUAAGAACAGGAAAAAUUAGAAAAGUAAAUAUUGAAACUAAGAAGCUCAAAAAACCUACCAACAACAAUAAAAAAAUGAAUAAGAAUAAAAAUGAUACCAGUGAAUUAUUAAACACAAGCAAUAAUUCAGAUAAUAUUGAUGAAAUUGAAUCAUUUGAAGAGCCUAAGUGUGAAAUAACUGAAAAUGAUUUGAAAAACAAACCUUUAUCAGAUCAAAGCAAAGUGCUAAACUGGUUGGAGAACUCUUCUAAAAAUGAUGAAUGCGAUUCGAAAACUAAAAUAGUUUCAAGCAAAACUGUAAAUGAUUCUGCUAUAGAGGAGGACAAUAUAUCAACAUUAAAAAAUAAGAAUAUGUCUUCAAAAAAAGAAAACACGUUGAUAACGAAUGAAAAAAACAUAUUAGUGACGAAUGGCAAAAAAUUAUCAUCAAAGGAAGAGGAAAAUAUUCCAAAAAAAGAAACACAUUUAUCACCUAAGGUUGAGAAUUCAUCUCCCAGUCCUGAGCAUAAUUCUACAUCAACAAGACAACAGAAAUCAGAUACCAAUGGCAUGGAGUGGCAAAAUAUGACACCUAAACAAAAAAAUGAGAUUCAAACAUCUACGCCUAGGCCUGCAAAGGACACAGUUGCAGAUAAUGAAAACAUAAUUAAAGAUACUGAUGAUGAUUCUGAUAAUUUCCAAGAAUCAAUAGAGAUGGUUGGUAGUUCUCAAGAAUGUCCAAGUCAAAGCUUAUUCUUCAAGGAAGCAAUGAGAAUUAAUUCAAGCGUGCCUUUUAAACAUACUGAUUUAAGGCAAAUUAAUCAUACUAAUGAUGAAUGCAAAGAAGCAGACACUAAAUCAGGAAAAGUAAAAAAUUCUAUUCCAAUGAUUGUCUUACAUGAUGCAUUUGAUCUAAAGAAAGGAAAAAAUGGGGUUAAUGAGAUUAAUGAAAAUGCUGGUUUGAAACAACUAAGCUCCUUAGAUACCAGCAACUUAAAUACAUCCAGAAUUAUAGCCUCGCCUGAGCAGGAAGAUGCUGAUGAGCGAAACAAUCAGCUUCUUAAUAAUACCUUAGAUAUAUCGCCCAUAAGAAUAGACGGACCUGUGCCAGAAAUACCAUCUGCAGCAAAAGAAUCCGCAUCAACAGAGUUGCUUGUUCCAAGUGCACAAAAUAAUUUACUUGCAAUGAAUAAUAGCAGCAGCCCAUUAACACAUAGAUCUCGCUUACUAUCCUCGUCUGCAAACAAAGGACCCAAAAGUCGUAGCGCGCACAUGCUUGGCUUGUGCAACCGCGAAGCCCCGAUAGUUGAAUCUAAUGGUCCAUUGCACAGUCCAGUUACAAAACAAAGAGAGUUGACAUUCUCAAAACAUAUUGAUUCGCCGUCCACGACGAAUUUGAGAGCUGCUAAGUUAUUAAAAUUAUCUGACAAAGAUUUGCUGACAUUUAAAAAAGAUGUGCCUUCUCCCCAUGCAAGCCCUUCUGCUAGUAUUCUAAAAAGAGGGGCUAAAAGAAAACUGGCUGAUGAUGUUGAUGCAGAUAUUCCACCUAAUAAGUCAAAAAGAGUAAGUUUCAAUGAUCCAAUAUUUACUACAAAGUAUCUAUUGAAGGAAUCAGUCUCAUCACCCCAAGAUGUUGACAAUUCCACCCCCUGUGUUCGAAAACAAUUGAUAGCUGAUGAGAAGUUUGUCAUGGACCUCAAUAAUGACAACAUGGAAUUGUUUUGUAAACCAAUUACAGUAGAAGAUGAAUUUUCUAAAGUUACAGUUCCAGACUCUGAAGAAAUUAUGGGUAUUGAAAAAGAAAUUGAAAUGGAGAAAAUUAAUCUGGCUGAACAAGAAACACAGAGCCAAGUUGACACUUUAGAUCCUCUGGAAGAUAAUGUUUUUAGUGAGGAAAAAGGAGAUACUGAGACACAAGCAGAGAACAAUACUGUAGAAUUUUCUCCUACCAUAAGAUCAAAAUCCAUUUUUCCUGAAUUAUUGACUUGCUUAGAUCCUGUUGGUGAUUGCAUUGAUAACAUUGUCUUGAAAACAAAACCAGAAGUUGUUCAAAGGUUUAGAGAAAAGUUAUACACAAUCAGUGAUUUAGCUCGCUUAACAUCAACAGAAGUAAGCAAAGCGCCACUAAGAUCUCCAAAAAUUGCUAAUCUAAAGCGAGUUUUGCGCAAUUAUGCAAGAAAAAUACAGAAUUCUGAGUCAAUGUCAGACAAAAAUGAUAUUGAAGAUGAGAUCUGUGCUGAUGUAGAAAAAUUGCAACAUAAUGACAUUAUUGAAAAUAGUAAAAAAGAUUGUGAAGUUAUGGAUAGUGAUCUUAAAGAAAUACCUGAUUCUGAAUUAGUCUCUACGCAAGUUUGUGAACUUCUAGACAAUGAAUAUGCCAAACACACUGAAAAUCACUUGCAAAAGUCAAAUGACUUAAAAAGUAAUCAAGAACAAGAAGAUCAAAAUAUGUUAGAGCGAGUUUCAGAAACUCAAGAAACUGAACCAAUCCCUCAUAGUUUACUUGUUACAAAGAAUGUUAUCAAAGAUAGUACUACAAAAGAAAAAGGAACAUCAAUGUCAGAUGACACAUUUGUUUUUGAUUCAAUGGUGUUGAAAGAAUUUUUGCAAAAACAUUUUGACUCGAGGCCUCUAGAAACGUACGAGAUAGUACAAGAUCUCAUUAAAAAGGUGUUAGAAAAAACGUACAAAUAA